GGCAAGAAGGAGCUCUUGGACAACUUCAAGGAGUUGUCGCCGCCCGCUGGGGUCAUCAUUGUCUCGGACAAGUGGAAGGGGACCAUAGCUGCCGUGAAGCAGUACCGCACUGACGCGGGCCUCACCGAGCGGAUGCUGCCGCGCGAGGUAGUGAACCACAGCGCUGGCGAGAUCACGAACGAGAAACGCGACGGCGGCAUGUUGCCCAAGAAGGCCAACAGACAGAAGUGGUCGAGGCUCCUUGCCGAGCAUAGAUUCCGCACCCACAUCAAGGCCGUUGAGCAGGCAGUGACUUUCAGGGCGCUGGCGGCCGCGUUCCAGGUGUGA